CAAUUUUAUAGUUCCAGUCGGGGGCGGGUUAUGGAAUCUCCGGAUGAUUAUAAAUACUUUGGAGAUUUCUCUUAAGGAUUUAUUUUCUCUUUUUGCGAUUCUUUGCGUGGAAAAAAAAAGAAAGAUAACCAGAAUGGCCUCUUAUUCUAAAGCUUGCUGCGAACUUCCUCCUGUUGUUUCCGACUAUGAAAAGACGGGUGAAAUGGAGAAAUAUGAUGGUCUUGAUAUCUAUACAGUUGGCCCCAAAGAUGCCAAAAAAGCUGUCUUAGUUAUCUACGAUAUCUUUGGUUACCAUCCUAACGCCUACCAGUUCUGCGAUAUUUUGGCAAAGUCUUGCAAAUGGAGGGUUAUUAUGCCUGACUUGUUACAUGGUGAUUAUGCCACUAUGGAAUUGCUAGGCAAAGGCAAAGAACUUAUGGCAUGGCUUGAUAGAGUGGGCACACUCGAAGUUGUUACCCCCGAUAUUCAACGUUCUGAAAAGUAUUUGAAGGAAGCUGGUGUAGAUGCUUGCACCUUGGUAGGCUUCUGCUGGGGCGCCAAGAUCGCUGUUCAGUUAACUUCUCUCAAUCCUUUCUUUGUUGGUGCCUCUUUGAUUCAUCCUUCUUUUGUUGAUGUUAAGGAUGCUGAAAAAGCCGGUGCCCCUAUCCUCGCUAUACCAUCCAAAGAUGAACCCGAUAUGACUGAGUACAUGGAGGUUCUAUACAAGAAGCCAUUUGGCAAGCAAUGUAAGCAUGUACGUUUUGACGAUAUGCAACAUGGUUUCUGUGCUGCUCGUGGUGACUACAAUGACAAAUUGAAUGCCCAAAGAGCUAAUGAAGCCAUCCGAUUGACCGCUGAUUUCUAUACUGAGUGCUUUAACGCUCCUGCCUCUUCUUUGUAAUUACACGGACAUAAUGUUUUAUAAAAACUUUUUGCUACCUUAUUGAAGGAACAAAUAGGGUAAUUAAAUUAUUUGUUUGAAUCUUUCCAUUCAAUUUUAAAAACACUGC